AGUUCUCUGUUUGUUUUUAAUGGUGUAUCUUCACUGGAUCUGAGGUAGAAUCGUGAACACUGCAUGGAAAUCUUGAAUACUGAUGCAUUAAAGAAUGUACCAGACUGCUGGCAAAAUGAAUUCUGAAAGGGAUUCAGAGACCACCUUUGAUGAGGACUCUCAGCCAAAUGAUGAGGUGAUGCCCUACAGUGAUGAUGAAACAGAGGAUGAAUUGGAUAGUCAGCAACCUGCAGUUGAACCAGAGCAAAACCGAAUCAACAGAGAAGCAGAGGAGAGUAGAGAACCAGUUAAGAAAGAUUGCAGCUGGCAAGUUAAGGCAAACGACCGAAACUUCCAUGAACAACCCCAAUUUCAGAAAACAACAUUUCUAUGCUGUAAUAAAAGCAAAUAUGCAGGGAAUGCAAUUAAGACCUACAAGUACAAUCCAAUCACCUUUUUACCCUUGAAUCUACUUGAGCAGUUUAAAAGAGCAGCCAACUUCUAUUUCCUGAUUCUUCUUAUUUUACAGGCAAUUCCUCAAAUAACUACUCUGUCAUGGUACACAACACUAGUGCCUUUACUCCUGGUUCUUGGAAUAACUGCAAUCAAAGACCUAGUGGAUGAUGUUGCUCGCCAUAGAAUGGAUAAUGAAGUUAAUAACCGGACAUGUGAUGUUAUCAAGGAAGCAAGGUUCAAAGAUACAAAGUGGAAAGACAUUAAAGUUGGUGAUGUCUUACGUUUGAAGAAAAACUCCUUUGUCCCUGCUGACAUUCUGCUGCUGUCCAGCUCGGAACCGAACAGCCUUUGUUACGUAGAGACGGCUGAACUAGAUGGUGAAACAAACUUAAAGUUCAAAAUGUCACUUGAGGUAACAGACAGAUAUCUCCAGGAAGAAAGUGCCUUGGCAAGAUUUGACGGUUUAAUCGAAUGUGAAGAACCCAAUAACCGACUAGAUAAGUUUACAGGAACCUUAGUCUGGAGAAACAUGAGUUAUCCGUUGGAUGCCGAUAAAAUUUUGUUACGUGGCUGUAAAAUCAGGAAUACUGACUACUGUCAUGGAGUGGUUGUAUUUGCAGGAGCAGACACAAAAAUAAUGAAAAACAGCGGAAAGACCAGAUUUAAAAGAACUAAAAUUGACUCCCUUAUGAACUACAUGGUUUACACGAUCUUUGUUCUCCUUAUCCUGCUGUCAGCUGGUCUUGCUAUUGGACACACUUAUUGGGAGCAGCAGAUCGGCAAUUCUUCUUGGUACCUCUAUGAUGGACAAAACUAUAGCCCUCCUUACCGUGGCUUCCUUAACUUUUGGGGGUACAUCAUUGUUCUCAACACCAUGGUUCCCAUUUCCCUAUAUGUGAGUGUUGAAGUGAUUCGUUUGGGCCAAAGCUACUUUAUAAACUGGGACCUGCAAAUGUAUUACCCUGAAAAGGAUACAGCUGCAAAGGCCAGAACCACCACUUUGAAUGAGCAGCUUGGACAGAUCCACUAUAUCUUCUCAGAUAAGACGGGAACGCUCACACAGAACAUCAUGACGUUCAAAAAAUGUUGCAUAAAUGGGCAAAUGUAUGGAGAUUACAGGGAUGAAUCGGGGCAACCUCAACAUUGUACAGAGCAAGUUGAUUUUAGCUGGAACAUGUAUGCUGAUGGGAAGCUCUCCUUUUAUGAUCAUUAUCUGAUAGAACAAAUCAGGUCUGGAAAGGACCCUGAAGUUCGCCAAUUCUUUUUUCUGCUUGCAAUCUGUCACACAGUGAUGGUAGAAGUUUCUAAUGGUGAGCUCAACUAUCAAGCAGCCUCCCCAGAUGAAGGGGCCUUGGUAACAGCAGCCAGAAACUUUGGCUUUGUUUUUCUGUCGCGAACUCAGAAUACAAUUACCAUAAGUGAAAUGGGGAUUGAAAGAACUUAUGAUGUACUUGCCAUCCUAGACUUCAACAGCGAUAGGAAACGUAUGUCUGUUAUUGUUAGAGAACCUGAUGGGCGCAUCAGACUGUAUUGUAAAGGAGCUGAUACGGUAAUUUAUGAACGUUUGCAUCCGAGGAAUCCUAAGAGACAUGCUACACAAGAGGCACUAGAUACUUUUGCAAAUGAGACCCUUAGAACACUAUGCCUCUGCUACAAGGAUAUUAGUUAUAGAGAAUAUGAAGCAUGGAAUAAAAAGUUUACAGAAGCCAGUGUAGCUACAACUAAUCGUGAUGAAGCCCUGGAUCAAGUAUAUGAAGAAAUAGAAAAAAAUCUGAUUCUCUUGGGUGCUACAGCUAUUGAAGACAAACUACAAGAUGGAGUUCCAGAAACAAUAUCCAAACUUGCAAAGGCAGACAUUAAAAUCUGGGUGCUUACUGGUGACAAAAAAGAAACAGCUGAAAAUAUUGGGUUUUCCUGUGAGCUUCUAACAGAGGAAACUACUAUCUGCUACGGAGAAGAUGUCAGUGCACUUCUCCAAACAAGGCUGGAAAACCAGAGGAACAGAGCUGGAUCAAACACACAAUCCUCACAAAGAACAACUGAACCUUUCUUUCAGUCUGGUAGAAAUCGUGCUUUGAUAAUCACUGGUUCCUGGCUGAAUGAAAUCCUGUUAGAGAAGAAAAAGAAGAAAAAGAAACUAAAAUUGAAAUUCCCCAAAACAGCAGAAGAGAAACAGAUGCGUAUUGAGACCAGGAGGAGAGCUGAAGUUAACAAAGAACAGCAACAAAGGAACUUUGUAGACCUAGCAUGCGAAUGCAGGGCAGUGAUCUGCUGUCGAGUUACUCCUAAACAAAAAGCAAUGGUGGUGGAGCUGGUGAAGAAGUACAAGAAAGCUAUUACUUUGGCUAUUGGGGAUGGUGCUAAUGACGUAAACAUGAUUAAAACUGCCCACAUUGGUGUUGGAAUUAGUGGCCAAGAAGGCAUGCAAGCUGUCAUGUCAAGUGACUAUUCUUUUGGACAAUUCAGAUACCUCCAAAGACUGCUGUUAGUCCAUGGCCGAUGGUCUUAUAUAAGGAUGUGCAAGUUCCUACGAUACUUCUUCUAUAAAAACUUUGCAUUUACACUAGUGCAUUUCUGGUAUUCAUUCUUCAAUGGCUAUUCUGCCCAGACAGCUUAUGAAGACUGGUUUAUCACACUUUACAAUGUACUAUAUUCGAGUCUUCCAGUUCUUCUAGUUGGCUUGCUUGACCAGGAUGUGAGUGACAAACUGAGUCUUCGGUUCCCUGGCUUGUAUAUAUCUGGACAGAAAGAUCUCCUUUUUAACUACAAGAAGUUCUUUGUAAGUUUGAUCCAUGGAAUUAUCACAUCACUGAUUAUUUUCUUCAUACCAUAUGGAGCUUACCUUCAAACCAUGGGUCAAGAUGGAGAGGCACCUUCAGAUUACCAGUCUUUUGCAGUUACAACAGCCUCUUCCCUUGUACUUGCAGUGAAUUUUCAGAUCGGUUUGGAUACAUCUUACUGGACUUUUGUUAACGCAUUCUCAAUAUUUGGGAGUAUUGCACUUUAUUUUGGUAUCAUGUUUGACCUUCAUAGUGCUGGAAUACAUGUUCUCUUCCCAUCAAGCUUUCAGUUUACAGGGACCGCUCCAAAUGCUCUUAGGCAGCCCUACCUCUGGCUGACCAUAAUUUUAUCAGUAGCUGUUUGCUUGCUUCCUGUUGUUGCACUACGAUUUUUGUCAAUGACAAUCUGGCCUUCAGAAAGUGAUAAAAUUCAGAAGAACCGUAAGAAGUACAAGAUCGAGGCGGAACAGUGGAAGCCGAGGCCGAGUGCUUUUCGUCGAGGGAUAUCAGGCCGUCGUUCUGCCUAUGCCUUCUCCCAUCAGCGGGGAUAUGCUGAUCUCAUUGCUUCUGGGCGCAGCAUACGUAAAAAACGAGCUCCUUUAGACGCUGUGCUAGGCAACAGCAUGGCAGAAAUUAGACAAGCUGCUGAAACGAGCUGAUUUUUCUGGUCCUUGGAGAAAGGCCGUUAUCUAAGUGAUUGCACAAAGAUUGUUGGGGGUUUUGUUUUUUUGUUUUUUAUCGAAGACUCAGGAUUUUUUUAAAUAAAACUAAAUCCCACCAGGAUAUGAAGACUGUACAUUUUUCUUACAAAACUACUUCGAUUGGGACUAUAGAAGAAUAGAAAGGCCCAGAAGGCUUUUAAAAAUAUAUAUAUUCUAAUUAGUCCUUGUGCAAAUAUUUGCUGAAAGUGAAGGAUGUUGUAAUGUCGGGUUUAAAAAACUCAACAUUGUAAUUUUUAGUGAAGCAUGGAACUGCAAAACUUUUUCACUUUUUAUUGGGAUACCAGCAUAGAAUUGCAGCUAACAUUUCAUAUUUUGACUCUAAAGUGGGAACUGAAGCAGUCAAAGUGUGCGCCAUUUUGUUAAGCAGCUCAGUUUACAGUGAACUGGAGAAAACUGGGUUUUGUGGGGCAGGUUAGUGGGGAGAGAUCCAUUCAGUCUGAUUUUCUUGUACAGCUGAAAUUAACCCACGUUGUAGCUUGAUUUAGUCCUCCUCAGAUACCUGGUGGAGGAUUAACACCUCUUAUUAAGACAUCUGCAUUUUAUAGAUAUGGUUUCAAUUGAUUUCUGUUUACUAAACAGUUAACAACAGCCUAUUGCACUAACUCUGUCUUAUUCUUUUUUGGCACCUUGUCAAUGCUACUGGCUGCUUAUUCUUGUGUAAGUAACUGCUUGGUGUACCGUGGGUGCAAAGAAAUCUGAAAACCAGGUGAAGACUUACCUGGAUUUUUGUAAAUUUUUCCCUGGAAAAUAUUUGUGCCUGUCUACUUGUACAGUAUUUUUAUGAAGAGAUAUUUGGUCAUUGUAGACCUACCUUUUGAAUUGACAAAUGUGUUUGUUCAUUUCAGUUGCGUUUCAAAAUGUAAGGGUUUUUUUCCUUUUUUUAGGAAUAGAUAAGAGAACAAUUCACUUCCAGGCUGAACAUACUUCACAUGGUAGUUAGUAAAUAGUAUCUUCUAACUGUAAAAAGUUUUUUGUGUUUUUAAACCUUUUGCACAUACAUUCACUUAGUGUCUUCAAAAUAAGGUGUAUAAACAGUUCACUUUUUAUCAACUUAGUCUUAUGUUGACAAUUAUUCAAAUGUUUGUAGAAUAUAAACACAAUGUACAGUUAACAUUUUAGAUGUGGGCAAAAGUGUACAUUUCAUAAUUUUACUCUAAGUAAAAACAAAAAUGUUUACAGCUUUUCUUUUAAUAAGUAUGUAGAUUAGGGGUAGGAUAAGUUAGCCUUUUUUAAGAAAAGGCAGUGUGUAUAAUUUCCACUUCUCACUGAGAUGGGAGUAAUUGGUAAAAUAAGUCUCAGACUUCUAAACAGGGUGCAAUAACAGUUUUAAUAUGCAUAUGACUGUGGAUACACUCCAUUUACUUGUAAAUGAAACCUAAAAUGUAAAAUAUUUGUUUAAAGAUAAUAAACACUUUCAUAAUAGCUUGUCAACU